CUUGCGCCGUCAUUUAGCAGGCCGGGGCUGUUGUCGCCGCUGUUGCUCCCUGCAUGAAAGGAAAGUGUCUGCCGGGGCGGGAGCGACUGGAGUGGCGAGUGGACUUAUGUGAGGCGCGCAGCGAAGGCGGCUGGAGGUGAGAGAGGCGCACUGGUUUCCCUGCCUGCCAGGCUCAUCGCUGGGCAGAGGCGGCAUCCCAAAGGAGCCUCCAGGGUCAGGGGAGGCAUCGCCGGGGGUGCCGGUGAGCUGCGAGGCGCCCAGAGACGGCGCUGAGGGGCGCCCCCAGUCCCAGGGCCAGCGGGGCGCGGGCUCUGCAGCAUGAGCAGCAGCAGCGUCGUCCGGAGAACUGCAGCGGAGACCGAGCUGGCGGUGCAGCUCCUGCUAGCGCUGGGGACCAUCGGCUGCCUUUGGAGUGCGACGGAGGCCCAGCUUACUGGAGUACUUGAUGAUUGCUUAUGUGAUAUAGAGAGCAUUGAUGACUUCAACAAUUUGAAGAUCUUUCCUGAAAUUCAGAAGCUUCUAGCACGGGACUAUUUCAGAUACUAUAAGGUUAAUUUGAAGAGACCAUGUCCUUUUUGGGCUGAUGAUGGCCAUUGCUCUAUCAGAGAUUGCCAUGUAGAGCCUUGUCCCGAGAGCAAAGUACCAGUUGGCAUUAAGGCUGAGAGUACUAACAAACCUGAUGCCUUGUUUUGGUUCAUAUACAAUCCUAGGAAUUCAAGAUGUAUUGUUGUGUUGAAGUUACUAAUGUAUAUGUUUGUGUUUCUAGGAGAAUCUUUCUACACAUGGCUAGAAGGUCUUUGUCUUGAAAAACGUGUGUUCUAUAAGCUCAUUUCUGGACUCCAUGCUAGCAUCAAUGUUCAUCUUUGUGCAAAUUAUUUACUUGAAGAAACUUGGGGGAAACCUCGUUGGGGAGCCAAUGUGAAGGAAUUCACUAGUCGUUUUGACCCCAGUGAAACAAAAGGAGAAGGUCCUAGGCGGCUAAAAAAUUUAUAUUUCUUAUAUUUGAUUGAACUGCGUGCAUUAUCAAAGGUUGCUUCCUACUUUGAGCGUUCAAUUGUUGAUCUUUACACUGGAAAUGCCCAAGAGGAUGCAGAAACAAAGGUUCUCUUGCUAGAAAUCUUCACACACACAAAGUCAUUCCCAAUGCAUUUUGAUGAAAAAUCGAUGUUUGCCGGAGACAAAAAAGGAGCUACAUCUUUAAAGGAAGAAUUCAGGUUACAUUUCAAGAACAUAUCCCGUAUAAUGGAUUGUGUUGGAUGUGAUAAAUGCAGAUUAUGGGGCAAACUGCAGACUCAAGGUUUAGGAACAGCUUUGAAAAUCUUAUUCUCAGAAAAAGAAAUUAAGAAUCUUCCUGAGAACAGUCCAUCAAAAGGCUUUCAGUUAACCCGGCAAGAAAUAGUGGCUCUUCUGAAUGCUUUCGGAAGACUUUCUACAAGUAUACGAGAACUGCAGAAUUUUAAAAAUUUAUUACAGCGGACGAGUUAAUAAAGGCCUUCUGGUGGAAGUGACCAUUAACCGACUACAUCGGGAAGAAUCAAACCAAUUUUUGAAGGACUUGAUACAAAAUGUUUUAAGUGAAAAAUAAUCUAAUACCAACUUGAAUAUUUAAAGUAGAAGAGGUUAGUCAUUGGACAAAAUAUUUAUAAGUAAAACAUCUAAUUUUAAAUAUGUAAAUUAUGCUUAUUUCCCACUACUUUUUCUUUGUACUCCUAUUGAACCACUUCAUAUGAAGAAAUUGUUUCCCUCUUUGUGAUUUACACCUAACGGCAGUAACUUCAUCCAAACUGCUUUGUCUAUAUGAAGAAAUCUUGCAGUGUUGCUUAAUAACAGCUGACUUUUAUAUGUAUCCAAAGGACCAGGUGUUGCUAAGCAAUGGAUUCUCUUGACAUAGUCCAUGUGUUUGACCCUAUAACAGUAAAGGCUGUGGCCAGUAAGGAUUUUGAGAAAAUAAGCCUAUUGGCUCCCAACUUGGUCCAUCUCACACUUUAAUGCCCUCCUUUUUAUAAUUUCUUCCCCCAUCCCCCAAUUUAAUUUUCUGUUUGUUCACAGUUGCCUUCUAUGUGAGGAGGCAAGGCUGGAGGAAGAGUAUUCUAGAGCCUCUAUAUUCUGUACUAUGUAUCUAACGAAGGGGUAUCUAGAGUUGAGUACUGCUAAAAAAAGUGUGUGUUCUUUGCUCUUUACUGGGUAGUCAGUCAGUCAGUCUCUCUCUCUCUCUAGUUGUAUAAAACAACAAAAAUGUAAUAUAUUCCGAUUAAAAUCUUUCAAGGGUGGGGCUUGUUCUCCUUGUUUUGGUGGUAGUAUUUGAAUUAUACUACAUGGAGAAGACAAAGGCAGAAGACACCUAUAAAAUGUAGUGUUGGUUUUUGGCGUUUAAUACAGCAUAUUCUAUCUAUGCAAUCCCUGAUCAUACCUUCUUGAAAAAAGAUACACGAUUUCAUUAAUGAAACGGGUAUAUUCUGCAGAAAUUAAAUCCUCAGCCAUUAUCUACAAAGGAGACUCUAGUCACCACAGAACAUUAUAAAACAACAAAUAAGUUUUGAAACUUUUAAAAGCUACAGUAGGAGAAAUUCUGUAAAUCUGACAGAGCAGUUUAUUUAGAAGCUAUUUGUAAUGUAAUGUUUGUAUUAAGUGAGGGAUGUUUGAAUACAGCAUGAAUGUCCUUCUUGGUACAGUGUACAUUUGUACAUACUAUGUUUUCACUUUGAUAAGUGAAGCAUUCUUUACAAAAUGAAUUAAAAGUGCUCUUAAAACUU